AUGAGACUUAAACUAUUAAUUUAUAAUACUGAUGUAAAAUAUUGCCCUGGAAAAUACAUGUAUAUAGCAGAUUUACUAAGUAGAAAUUAUAUUCGAAGAACUGAGUUAACUGAUGAAAGCUUAAAUGAUGUAGUACACAUGAUUAAUGAGUUUGAUGUACAGUUUAAAAAUAACAGGUUAGAACAACUAAUAAAAGAAACGUACAAAGAUGAACAUUUAGGUAAAGUGUUAAAAUAUUUGGAUGAGGGCUGGCCCAAAAAAAUUGUGGAGAGUGGUGAAAUAAGACAUUACUUUAAAAUAAAAAAUGAACUGAUUAAAGAAAAAGAGAUUAUUUACUAUGAGAACAGAAUAGUUGUGCCUAAAUCGUUAAGGAUGUACAUAAUCAAGAAAUUACAUGAUACACAUAUUGGAAUAACCAAAACAUUAAAAAAGAGCAAGCAAAUAUUUUAUUGGCCAGGGAUGUCAUCAGACUUAAAAAAUUUUAUUGAGGCAUGUGAAAUAUGUAAGAAGUUUAGUUGCAGUAACAUAAAAGAACCACUAUUACAACAUGCUAUUCCUGAGUUACCAUUCCAAAAAAUAGGAAUAGAUAUAGCUGAGAUAGAACGCUCAAAUUACUUAGUUGUAAUGGACUAUUUUUCGAGGUGGAUUGAGGUUCUGAGUAUGAAGGAUAAAACUAGUGAAACUGUAAUAUCACUGCUAAAAAUAGUAUUUAGUCGUUUUGGGAUACCUGAGGAAAUAGUGGCUGACAACAAUCCAUGUGGUAGUAGAGAAUUUAAACAGUUUGCUGAAGAAUGGCAUUUUAACGUAACACUGUCAAGCCCCAACUAUCCCAAAAGCAAUGGUCUGGCUGAGAAAGCUGUGGGGAUAGCAAAAAAUAUGAUAAAAAAGUCUAAAAGUGAGAAUCAAGAUUUAAAUUUAUAUCUGUUAAAUUAUAGGAACGCCCCUGUAGCAGGAUUACCUUGGUCUCCAGCACAAAUGCUACAAAGUAGAAUGUUGAGAUCUAAAACUAAUAGUUUAAAUAAAAAAAUUUUAAGUCCUAAUGUGGAAGACUGCUCUGAAGAAAAUAAAUUAAAAAAAUUAAAACAAAAAAAGUGGUAUGACAAAACAGCCACAAAUGUUCAACAAGAGUUUAAACCGAAUGAAAACAUUAUGUUACAAAACAAAUUUUCAAAACUAUGGUCUAAAGCUGUGGUUUUGAGUAAAACUAAUUGGCCUAGAUCAUAUUUAGUGAAGGAUGAAAAGGGUAAAAUACUUAGGCGAAAUACAAAAUUUAUGAAAAAAGUGAGUAGCUAUGAUUUAAGUUUGGGUGGAAGUGAUGAUGAAAUUGGAAGUGAUGAUGAAAAAAAUAAAAAAGAGGUAGUGAAGUUUGAAAAUCAAAAGAUAGCAACAAAAGCAAUUGUCAGAACCCAAAAAGGAAGAGUAGUAAAAAAACCUAUAAGACUAGGAAUUGAUUAA